CACCGUGACUAUUGAGUUCACUGAUACUUACAAGAUAUCGGCCAUCCAAAGCUCUCAAUCAACGACAGCAGCUUGUGUCGUACUCAAGUGAUUAAUCAGGGGCGCCUUAUUGCAAAGCGCUUCACAAAAAACCGAUCGUUUGAUCGGUUAGACGCGGCAAAAAUGGUCAAAUUCUACGAUUCGAUCACGCCGGACUUGCAAGAAUGGGCGAUGAAACAAGCCGUCUUCUUCGUGGCAUCUGCACCUUUGCACGGUGAACAUAUCAACCUCUCACCUAAGGGAUUGCCCUCAUCGUCGUUUGCCAUUAUCAAUCCCAACUUGUGCGCGUACGUUGACGCCACAGGCUCCGGGAUCGAAACCAUCGCCCACCUUCAAGAAAAUGGCCGGUGCACUGUCAUGUUCUGUUCGUUCGACACAAGUCCACGUAUCAUGCGUUUCUUCUGCAAAGGACGAGCGGUCGCAUGGAAUGAACCCGGUUUCGACGAUUGGUUGAAGCGUAUGGGUGACAAGAGCUUCGCAGGGGCUAGGGCCGUCAUUCUUCUCGACGUUUUCAAGGCUCAAACGUCAUGUGGCUUUGGCGUGCCUUUGCUCGCAACCAAGAUAGACCCAUCGUCCCCCAACAAAACGACCGCCUUCCUAGAUGAUCGCAAUACCCUUGGUCAUUGGUCGGGCAAAUACGUUGAGCAAGGCAUCAUAGACGAGUAUCGUGCCUCUAACAACCGGCGCUCCCUCGACGGCCUCCCGGGUUUGCGCAUCGCACGCCGGCACGGUGGUGAAUAUCUAUUUUUGGGCGAUGUGAGGGCCAAGAUUUUAAAGACUCUGCGUGCAAGUCCCUUUGCCAAUAUCUUAGUUCUUGUUCUAGUCGCCAUUCUGGCAUCAAUCUUGACUACCGUCAGCUUAUAUCUGUCGGGGUUGAUGAUUGUUCAGCCAGGAACAAGUGGAAUUACCUUAGGGACCCGGGAGCUUUAG